AUGGAUAGCAAAGUGGAUGAGGUUUCUGUUGAGCUUUCAGCUCCUCCUGCUUGGAAGAAGAAGUUUUUCCCCAAGAAGGGAGGUACACCAAGGAAAAAUGAGAUCGUAUUCAUUUCUCCAACGGGGGAGGAGAUUAAUAAUAGAAAACAAUUGGAGCAGUACUUAAAAUCACACCCUGGUAACCCUGCAAUAUCAGAGUUUGAUUGGAGCACUGGUGAAACCCCUAGGAGAUCAGCAAGGAUCAGUGAAAAGGUCAAGGUGGCUCCAGCACCAGAGAGUGAGCCUCCCAAAAAAAGAGGGCGAAAAUCAUCAGGUUCAAAGGACAACAAAGUGGAAGCUGCUGGAAGAGAAGUUGAUGGUACGAAUGAAAUUCAAAUGAAAGAUGCAGAGGUAGCUGAGAAGAAAGAUGCAGAAGUAGCUGAGAAGAGAGAUGCAGAAGCUGAGAAAGAGAAAGAUGCGGAAGCAGAGAAAGAAAAAGAUGCAGACGUUGAGAAUGAUGAUAAGAAAACUCAAGGCAAGGAGAAAAAUGCAGAGAAAAAUUUUGUAACAGAGGAUAAAGCUGCUACUGAGAUAACUGAAAACAACAAAGAAGAGGUGCCACAAGCAGGGGAAGAACAAGCAAAUGGAACUAGCGGCAAAAAACAGGAUGACACAGCUGCUGUGACUGUGGAAGAAAAUGGGGCUGCGGAGAAAGAGAAUGUGGAUGCAGCAGCACCUCAUACGGAGGGAGAGAUCAAGGGGAAUAAUGAUGCAGCAGAGAACGGUGGAAAAUGCAAUGCUGAAGCUGACGAGAAAAUCAAGACCAAGGAUGGGGAGGUUGUUGAAAAUGGCAAGGCUGAGCAAGUGGUGCAAGCUGAUGCCCCACAAAAUCUAGAGACCCCUCCAUUGAGCAGCUGA